AUGCCUUUCGCACAGCUCGUCCUCGGCUCUCCUGGUGCUGGGAAAUCUACCUACUGUAAUGGUAUGCAACAAUUCAUGUCUGCCAUUGGACGAAAAUGUUCUAUUGUGAAUCUCGACCCUGCGAAUGACCAUACGAGCUAUCCUUGCGCCAUCGACGUGCGCAAUCUUAUAAAGCUUGAAGAGAUUAUGGAAGAAGAUUCACUAGGGCCCAAUGGUGGCGUACUCUAUGCUCUUGAGGAAUUAGAACAGAACAUCGAGUGGUUGGAAGAAGGGUUGUCGGAGCUGGGCGAGGAUUAUGUACUUUUUGAUUGUCCAGGCCAGGUCGAGCUUUACACACAUCAUUCGUCUUUACGAAAUAUAUUUUUUAGGUUACAGAAAUUAGGAUAUAGACUCGUAGUUCUUCAUCUUUCCGAUUCCUAUUGCUUGACUUUGCCUUCAUUAUACAUCUCGAACCUUAUCCUCUCACUGCGAGCAAUGCUACAAAUGGAUUUACCGCAUCUGAAUGUCUUGACAAAAAUGGACAAGCUGGCUUCGUAUCCACCACUUCCUUUCAACUUAGAUUUUUAUACUGAAGUCCAAGAUCUGUCAUAUUUACUCCCUAGUCUUCAAGAAGAAUCAUCUGUAAUGCAAGGCUCAAAGUUCGAAGGUCUGAAUAAAGCUAUCAUUCAGCUUGUUGAGGAUUUCGGGUUGGUGGGAUUCGAGACGUUGGCGGUGGAGGAUAAAAGGAGUAUGAUGCAUCUACUGCAAGUCAUAGAUCGUGCCGGGGGAUAUGCUUUUGGUGGCGCGGAGGGAGCAAACGAUUCAGUCUGGCAGGUGGCUAUGAGAGAAGGUACCACAACGAUGGAUAUAAAAGAUGUUCAGGAGCGAUGGAUCGAUCGCAAGGAAGAGUACGAUGAGGCAUAUCGUGAGAUGGAUAGGAAGCAGUUUGAGGAAGAAUCCAAGAUCCAAGAAGAGGAUGAGAAUUCGAGAGCCGCAGAAGAUGAUGACGAUCUCGAGGAGAUGGCUCGGGCACCGUUCGAUUCGGGAGUAAAAGUUGUUAGAACAAAUCAAUGA